AUGGGGCCUUUGAGCCGUACUUGGUAUGCAAUUGAAGCGUCACUUGGUGCAUCCAGGGAAAACCCUGAGGAGAUUUUCUGGAAGGAUCUAUCUCAAUCAGUUGAGCAAACUGUACUGUUAUUGGGACAAGCUUUUAAUGCUGUUUCAUAUCACCGAAGAUUAAAUGUGUUGUCGGCUAUCAUGUCAGACAAAAAAAAAGUCAUGUUAAAAGACGAGUCGCCACUUUUGGAAAUUCCAACAGAAGACAAUCUGUUUGGGAAAAAAUUUCAGGAGCACGUAAUCGCUACUGCAAAGACAAAGAAGAAAUCAAAAGAAGUUUAUGGUUUGGCAAGAAAGUCCUCAUCAUCGACUUCAACAACAAACAAUUUUAAACGGCCCUUUCGAGGGGAGCCCUCAUUGGACAAAAAACAAUGGAGGUAUUUCAAGCCGGCCCCACGCCACAACCAACAACAAAGCAGUAACUUCAAGCAGACAAGUUUUCCAAGACUUGGAGGUGAGAAAUCAAAAUUUGAGGGAGACCUUCACCAGGUUGACUCCAUUGAGAGCAGUAAACCUGAAAUUUCCAGAAAUAAUUCCUUUAAGGAAUCUGCAACACGUUCAUCCCUCAACAACUGGGAAAUACUAACCAAGGACCCAGAAAUUUUGGAGUAUGUCUCAGGAUUGCAGAUUCCUUUCAUAGAACAACCAAAACAACAAAAAAUACCUCAGAACUUCCGAAUGAAUCAGAAGGAAGUUGCUCUAGUGACCAAGGAGGUGGAGAGCACGCUGGUUAAGGGAGCUAUUCAGUCUAUAUGUCAUGUAAAAGGGGAGUUUUUGAGCAAUGUAUUCUUAGUUCCCAAGAAGGAUAGGGGAAACAGACCUGUGUCAAAUUUGAAACAUCUGAACAAGUUUGUACCUUACCAUCAUUUCAAAAUGGAGGGACUUCAUCUGAUACAGGAAAUGAUACAGGAAGGGGAUUAUAUGUGCAAAAUAGACCUGAAAGAUGCUUAUUUUUGUGUCCCACUUCAUCAGAGGUCAAGAAAAUAUGUACGGUUCCAGUGGCAGGGAAACCUCUACGAAUUCCUCUGCAUGUGUUUUGGACUGGGGCCUGCUCCACGGAUAUUCACCAAAUUGAUGAAAAUUCCAAUUUCAAUUUUACGAAAAAUCAAUGUGGGAGUAAUCAUUUAUUUAAACGACAUGUUGCUUUUAAGACAGUCGAAGGAAAAAUUGUUUCAAGCAAGAGAUACUCUCAUUUUUCUUCUACAAAAUUUGGGAUUUGUCAUCAAUUUGCCCAAGUCUAUUCUGGAGCCAGUUCAAACAAUAAAUUUCCUGGGUGUAGAGAUAAAUUCAAUGAACAUGAGAAUGAACUUGCCCCAAGAAAAAGUGAAAAGAAUAGAGGAGAAAUGCAAGGGGGUACUGACAAAACCCUCAAUGACUGUAUGGGAACUGAGCAGUCUGGUGGGCAAACUAUCCUCAACCUCUCCAGCGGUCAUUCCAGCAAACUUACAGAUAAGACAUAUGCAAAAGUGCUUGACAAAAGCUUUACAAUUAAACAAAAGUUACCAGGCAGUUGUUCAUUUAGACCCACAGGCUCUAUGGGAAAUCCAUUGGUGGCUGGACAAUUUAGCACUGGCCCAGGGAAGAUCAUUAUUAAAAUCCCUCCAGAGGGUAAUAAUCCAAACAGAUGCAUCCAAACAAGGUUGGGGAGCAGUUUGUCAGGGAAGGAAUAUAGGGGGGGCAAUGGUCUCUGCAAGAAUCCAACCUUCACAUCAACAUCUUAGAAUUAAAAGCGGUCUAUCUAGCUACGCUAACGUUCUACAAAAUGAUGCCCCUAGAACAUAUUCACUUCCAAAUAGACAAUAUGACAGCGCUAGCCUAUAUAAUGAAAAUGGGGGGCACCAAGGACCCUCGCUUGAUUCAGUUAUCAAAAGACCUGUGGACUUUUCUAUUAUCCAAGGAGAUCACAAUUACAGCAGAACAUCUACCAGGGACACUGAAUGUGAAGGCAGACUGGAUGUCCAGAAACUUUGUGGACUCGAGCGAAUGGCUUCUAGAUCCUCGAAUAUUCAAGACUCUAUGCAAAAGGUGGGGCACACCAGACGUAGACCUAUUUGCAUCACGACUUUUUCAUCCGGUACCGAGUUACAUGUCUUGGAAACCAGACCCAGGUUGCUUAGCGGUGGAUGCACUGCAACAACCGUGGGGGAACCAUUACCUGUAUGCAUUUCCUCCGUUUUCCUUAAUGGGAGAGUGUUAGCCAAGGUUCGAAGGGAAAAAGUGUGUAUGAUUUUGAUAACUCCUGCUUGGCAAACACAGACGUGGUAUGGUCCUCUCCUAGAAAUGCUAGUGACCAAUCCUCUACUCCUGCCACAAAGCUUGUCACUUCUAACAAACCCUCAGGGAAAGAGCCAUCCACUUCUGGAAAACCGAACUUUGAGGCUGGUGGCUUGGACAAUUUCAGGAAAAUUUUGGAGGCUCAGGGAAUAUCAGGAAAAGCUGCAGAGCUUAUCACAAGUGCCAGAACAGAGGGCACACUCUCUAAUUACGAAUCGUCCUGGAGAAAGUGGACUAGCUGGUGUGGUCAACAACAAGUUGAUCCCGUUAAAUGUUCUUUGA